UACCUUUAUCAACAGUACUAACAUGAUAAAUUGAUAAAUAACGUUUUGACUUUUGACAUUCUUGUUACGAACUGCGUGUACUAAUUAAUUUGGUGUUCACUACAGUCGAUAUUUUAUUUUAUUUUUCAUUGCUCGUUGAAUAGUUUUAUAAGUCCGAUACCGUCGCAAUCAUUUGCCUCGUGUAGUCAUUACGGAGAUCGUUCGACGACGCUCGUGUGGUCUGUGAAACCGAAACGAUCGCACGCCCCUGUGUACAGCAGACAUUUUUAAUCAACCGAUAAACGCCGGCACAAUGUGCGAUUACAACGCAAAAGACUUGAGCGAGCCAGAGGACGGCAACAUCAGAGACGAUAACCCCGAGAACAUUGACAAGUGUGCGUUAGAUGAAAUGAGUAAUCAAAUUCAAAUUGUUCUUCAAGAUAUGAAAGAUAAAUUCCAAACUAUGUCUGAUCAAAUAUUGUUAAGAAUAGAUGAUAUGGGUACGCGUAUCGAUGACUUGGAGAAGAAUAUAUCUGACUUAAUGGUCCACGCUGGUCUUGAAACUCCAGAUAAAUGAUAUUUAGAAUACUAUCGUAUUACAAGAAAUGAAUAGGUCACUCUAUGUUACAAGAUUAUAUAUUUAUGUAUAUGUAAAUUUACGACCUACGUAAUUAUUUGAAAUAUGAUUAAAAUUAAAACAAGGUAAACCUAAAUAGAUGAUUGUUUAUAAGUAUCUCUAAGUAUUAUAAUAUAUUAUGUGUAUUCUGUUUUUUUAUGAACUAUUAUCAGCAGUUUUCUGCGAUAUUAAUUAAGUUAAAUAAUAGAUCUAUAUUCUAUACCAAUUUUUUACCUAUACUUUAUUCAGUGUAUAAAUGACUAGUCCAACAGAUGAAAUAUAUUGAAACUGCGUAUUUAUCCUCAAUACUAGUACCACCUAUACUACUCACUUGGGGCCUUCAUUGGUCAUCAAAAAUAAUCGAUUGGCAUUGGAUAAUCGUUGGUGGGGAGAAGGGUGUUGAGUACAUUAGAUAUGCUUAAUAAGCUAUUUUUAAAUUGAAUAGAUUACAGUACUUUAUAUGCUCUUUACAUUUGUCAUAUUUAUUUAACUUAAAAUGACCAAUUUUAAAUACAUUAAAGUUAAAAAUAGCUCAAACCUGCAAACUUGUAUUUUCAAGAAAUUUUCAACUAUCAAUAAAUAUUACUUGUAGCUUAUAAUAUUAUAUUAAA